AUGAGUGAAAAGUUACAAUGGGAAAAGAAUUCCAAAUCUAAUCAAAGUCAGCAUCCAUCAGAUGCUCCACCACCAUAUGAAGAAAUCCAAUCACAACAAAAUCCAUAUGAUCGACCACCACCACCACAACAACAACAGCAACAACAAGAACCUAAUAAUUAUUCACGUCCUCAACAACCUAUUGAUCCAUUACAAGAUCCAAAUGUUUAUAAAAUUAAACCUGAUAAAGUAAAUAUUACUUUAUCUCCUCCUGAACAUUUAAAUCCUCAAUAUCAAGAAUAUUUAGCUAAUGAACCAGAAAGAUUUAAACGUGGGGAUUUCCCAAAUAAUCAUAAUGUACCUUUAAAUCCUGGUCAUGUUAAUCCUAAAAAUAAAUCAAAUAAAGGUUUCCCUGGUCGUAGUGGUGCUACUUAUCAUAAUGCUGCAAAUAAAUAG